UCCUCCAUGGGGUUGCGGAGAGGCAUCGCCGUCAUCCUGCUCUUCUUGAUUUGGAGAGAGGGGGAGGCGGCGACGUUCACGUUCGUGAACCGGUGCGGGGAGACGGUGUGGCCGGGCGUCCUGUCCAACGCCGGCACCGCACGGCUAGGCACCACGGGGUUCGAGCUCCCGCCGGGCGCCUCGCUCGCCGUGCCGGCGCCGUCGUCCUGGUCCGGCCGCCUCUGGGCGCGCACCGGCUGCGCGCAGGACGGCGCCACGGGGCGCCUCGUGUGCGCGACCGGGGACUGCGGGUCCGGCGCGGCCGAGUGCGCGGGCGCCGGCGCGGCGCCGCCCGCCACGCUGGCCGAGUUCACGCUCGGCGGGGGCGGCGCCGGGCUGGACUUCUACGACGUCAGCCUCGUGGACGGGUACAACCUGCCGGUCCUGGUGCAGCCGUCCGCCGGAACGUGCGCGGCGGCCGGGUGCGCGGCGGACCUGAACGCGGCGUGCCCGCCCGAGCUCCGGUCCGGCGGCGGCGCGGCGUGCCGGAGCGCCUGCGACGCGUUCGGGCGGGAGGAGUUCUGCUGCAGCGGCGCGCACGCCAGCCCGGCCACCUGCGGGCCGACCUCAUACUCGCAGGUCUUCAAGAUGGCCUGCCCGCGCUCCUACAGCUACGCCUUCGACGACCCAACCUCCACCUUCACCUGCGCCGGCGGCCCAGAUUACACCGUCACAUUCUGCCCCCAGACCAAUCCACGGAGUCGAAAGCCUUACGAAAAUCCAGCUUCAGAACAAUCGUGGGGACGCGACGCUUGUGGCAACACUGCACCAGCUCGGCAGCAUAAGCAAAGUUGUCUGCGAUAUUCCGCCCCCUAAUGAAACCAGAUUGAUCAAUGGACACCAAGGAGGGCAUCAGUGGCUGGAUCCUUCGGGUAAGCAUCUUGCAGAGAAUUUUGAGAGCGGUCCCUUGCAGAGAAAUGGGUCUGAAACCAUCCGCGGUGACCACAUCAUCACGCUUAGGUAGUAGAACCAUGUAUGCCUGGUUGAGAGGUUGCAGCCGUGCGCCCUCGGCAUGGAAAGCAUCAAAGAGCUCAGCC